UGGCAGGUUUUCUACUUAUAAAACACAAUGACUACUGAUGAAGGCACCAGUAACAAUGGAGAAAACCCCGCAGCCACCGUGGUUGAACAAGGAGAAGAUAUUACUACCAAAAAAGAUAGAGGCGUAUUAAAGAUUGUCAAAAGAGUGGGGACUAGUGAGGAAACCCCGAUGAUUGGUGACAAAGUUUAUGUCCACUACAAAGGAAAAUUGUCAAAUGGAAAGAAGUUCGAUUCCAGUCGUGAUAGAAAUGAGCCAUUUGUGUUUAGCCUUGGCAAAGGCCAGGUUAUCAAAGCCUGGGACAUUGGGGUGUCUACCAUGAAGAAAGGAGAGGUCUGCCACUUACUGUGUAAACCAGAGUAUGCUUAUGGCUCUGCUGGCAGCCUCCCGAAAAUUCCCUCCAAUGCAACUCUCUUUUUUGAGAUUGAACUCCUGGAUUUCAAAGGAGAGGACUUAUUUGAAGACUCUGGCAUUAUCCGAAGAAUCAAACGGAAAGGAGAGGGCUACUCCAAUCCAAACGAAGGGGCGACGGUGGAGGUCCACCUGGAAGGCUGCUGUGGUGGAAGGAUGUUUGAUUGCAGAGAUGUGGUGUUCAUUGUUGGUGAAGGAGAAGACCACGACAUUCCCAUUGGAAUUGACAAAGCCCUGGAGAAAAUGCAGAGGGAAGAGCAGUGUGUUUUAUAUCUUGGACCACGAUACGGUUUUGGAGAGGCAGGGAAGCCUAAAUUUGGCAUUGAACCCAAUGCUGAGCUUAUGUAUGAAGUCACACUUAAGAGCUUCGAAAAGGCCAAAGAAUCCUGGGAGAUGGACACCAAAGAAAAACUGGAGCAGGCUGCCAUUGUCAAAGAGAAGGGAACGGUGUACUUCAAGGGAGGCAAGUACAUGCAGGCUGUGAUUCAGUACGGGAAGAUUGUGUCCUGGCUGGAGAUGGAGUACGGCCUAUCAGACAAGGAGUCAAAAGCCUCUGAAUCCUUCCUGCUGGCGGCCUUCCUAAACCUGGCCAUGUGCUACCUGAAGCUCAGAGAGUACACCAAAGCUGUGGAGUGCUGCGACAAGGCCCUCGGACUGGACAGCGCCAAUGAGAAAGGCUUGUACAGAAGGGGUGAAGCCCAGCUGCUUAUGAACGAGUUUGAGUCCGCCAAAGGUGACUUUGAGAAAGUGUUGGCGGUUAACCCUCAGAAUAAGGCCGCGAGACUGCAGAUCUCCAUGUGCCAGAAGAAAGCCAAGGAGCACAAUGAGCGAGACCGCAGGGUGUACGCCAAUAUGUUCACCAAGUUCGCGGAGCGGGAUGCAAAGGAAGCAGCCAGCAAAGCAAUGAGCAAGAAGACUGUAGAAGGAGAGGCCUGUAAAAGAUCCGAGAGGCAGGCCAUGGAAGAAGGAAAGGCUGAAGGCCAUGUAUGACGCCACGCCAAGGAGGGAAGAGAGUCCUAAUGAACUCGGCCCUCCUUGCUGGGCUCACACCCAACUCAGGACUGAACAGUGUCUAGUGUAAGGUUUGUUACAGUCUCUGGGAUUCUGGAAGCAAAUGGCAAAACCAAUAGCUUCCCAAAAUAACCACCCUGCUGCUGCCCAGGGGUGGGGGUGGGGGUAGGGGGACACGCCGGGGAACAGAACAGAAAAGCCCAUUGGUGUGCAGAGACCAAGCCAGCAGCUCAAGUCCAGCUCAUUUCAGUGUCCUACACAGCAUCCCUUGAUGGUCCCAAGGCCCCGGCUGCCUCAGGGCUCUCCAUCUGCGCUUCAGUAGCCCCGCAGGAACCAUCUCUGCUUUCCUGUUGGGAGGCAGGGCAGGGGUGGAAGAUCUGACUCCAGUGCUGAGAACACAAGCCCAAAAUGAGGGGUCCCCAGGUCCACAGCAGAGUCUCAGAGGUCACUUGCCUGCCUGUCCAGCGGCUUCCCAGGUUCCCUUCUCAGACUCUUGUGAGUGUAACUUUCCGUCACACCCAGAGAGUCUGUUAUUACUCCAACACCCUCAUCAGGUGGUGGUAGGUGGGAGUUUCCGGGUUAGCUUUCCCUAAUUAGAGUGAACUCAUUGAGUGGCUUGUUUCCCGCUGUCCCCCGCUUUAAAGUAUGUUAGCUCUCAGUGCUGCUGCUCAGCCUCCUGUUUCCUUUCCCUGACUCGCUGUGAAGAACUGAGGCUUGCUCUUGUCCUAGACCUGGAGUGGACUAACGUCCACAUCCAACUAAGAUUGACGCAGCUACUCUUUUUUUUUUUUUUUUUUUUAAUUGUUUGUAAGCAUAUAUAGCGCUUUAUGGAAGAAACUUCACACUCCUCUACCAUGCAAAAACAUUUUUCACUUUUUACUUUUUAGCUUUGGUUUUGAAAGGCAAAAUCUGUGAGGUUUGAAGCAGGCAGUUCCUCUUAGAGUGAGGGUACCUGGAGGUUUGAUGGGCAGAUGCUGUCCCUCUGUACCCCAGCCUCUUCGUUCUGGUGUCCUAUAAAGGUUGCUGGCUUCCCAUGCAGGUCCAUCAAGCCAGAGUCUCCAGGUCUGGGCAUGGGAUCAGGGCAAGCCUUAAGUAGCCAUGUAGUUGGAUUUUAGUCCUGCGGGAAGUGUACAGGAUUGAGUGCUACUUGCUUCUCCACAGCCUAUGAACCCUGGAAACCUCACUCUUGUAGCCCUAGGGAUACUGGUGGUUGCAUUUAGAUGAGUUUGUUUUUAUGUUUGUUUUAAUAAAACAGUCUCAUUGUUAAGUUAGGACUUUAAAACCUACAAAUCAAGUUGUUUUCAAGCUGUUCCAGUUUUAUUCUACAUGCAACGGAUGGAGUUCAGCUUUGAGGAAUUUCGUUUACUGGUGACUAAAACCUCUUAGAUUUCA